CAGGAGGGGGUGGGCCCCGGGCACAGGAGGAAAGGAGGGCUGGCAGCCCCGAGCACUGACCUGAAGGUGGCCAGGGCAGAGCCCGCGCCUCACCUCCGAGAGAGGAUGGCCUCACGUCUUCCCCAAGCCACAUCCUCCCACGUGGCUGGAGAGCUGGGAGGGCUGGGGCCAGGCGUGGGCUCAGAACAUGGCUGAGAGGGCAGAAAGGCCGUCCUUUCCCGGGCCCUCCACCCUGGCCUGGCUGACGUGAGGCUGUGUCUCCCAGGCCCUGGGAGCCCUCCGCUCUGGGGGCUGGUGGCCCUGGUGCUGCUGGCCGCCGUGGUCGCCCUGGCAGGUGUCAUCAUCCACCACAAGGUCCGGAGGAGGGGUGUUGUGCCUGAGGCCGCGGGACUCCCCAACCCUCUGUUCUAUGGAAGAAGCAGAGGCAUGUCAGCCAAGGAGCACGUUCGAGGGCCCCCAGGGCUGGCUUCCACCUGCAGCAGGCAGCCCCCCAAGCCCACACUGGUCCCCAAGAGGCCCCCACCUGCGCCUCCCGCCGCCAUGUCCAGUCCAGCCGCCGCAGUCCCUGUCUAUCCCCAGCAGACACCGGACCAGCUCCAGCUGCCGCCACCUGCCAAGCCCCUCCCAAAGCUGAAGCCCACGCAGGAGGGUCCUGAAGGCAGAACAGAGGAAAGUGGGGAGAGAGAGACCAGGCAAGGAGGAAGGCUGGGCAGAGCCGGUGGCCAGACUGUGCCAGAGGGAAGUGCUCAGCAGAGCGCUCAGAGGCCCACCAGCACCCCUGCCGGGGACAACCUGGCCCACUAG